AAUUUGUCUAUUCAAAAGAAAAAAAAAAAAAAAAAAGCUAAUUUGUAAAAAGCUCUUACAAAGAACUUUUUGGGUCUCACAGCUCUUUUAAUAAGAUACUCGUACUUCGCUAAAAAGUUUCCAAAACUCUGCUUACCAAACAAGAAGCCUCAAGUCCUCAACACAGCAGUUAAAAUGAAGACAGCACAAUUCACUUUUAUCUAGGGUUUUUACAUUCAUCUUUGCUCCAAUUUCUCAGAUCAUGGAGAAGAGGAUUCAAAAUUCAGAUCGAAUAUCUAAUUUACCAGAACCCAUUAAAACGCAUAUACUUUCGUAUUUGUCAACUAGGGAUGCAGCAAGAACUAGCAUUUUAUCGAGCAGUUGGCGUGCAUUAUGGAUUCAAUUACCCAUUUUUGAUUUUGGAAGGUUUAACCUUAAUAGCUUAUUGGAUGUGGAUGAUAUGCCUAGUGAUGAUGAUGAUUCUACUAGAAUGAAAAGGGAGUCAAUUGUUAAGGAAAGGGAGGAAUUUUAUGCUUUUCUUGAUAGAACCCUUGGGUCAAUUUCGAAGUUGGAAGUGCUCAAACUUUAUAUACCUCAGUAUGAGUUGGAGUUGAAGUCGCGGUUAGAUCAUUGGCUUGAUUGUGUUGUUGGUUGUCGCGUUAGAACUCUAAGCUUGGAAAUUGGUGGUAGGAAUGGUCCUAGGUAUAGUUUGCCUAAGAGUGUGCUUAGUGUGAACUUCAUCACUACGAUGAAUUUGAAAGGUUGUGAGUUGAUUUCGGCUUCUUUGGCAAAUACCCAAUUGCCUUCAGUGACAAAGCUUAGCCUUGUGAAUGUUUAUUUAGAUGAGGGUUUUAUGGGGAGUCUUGCUGUUAGCAUCCCUAAUCUUGAGGCUUUAGCUGUGAAAAGUUGCAAGGGGUUUACAAGGCUUGAAGUGUUUGGUCUCACUAAACUUGUGAAGCUUGAUGUUGGGCAAAAUUGCGAUGAGCUUGAGGUGAUUGUGAUUGAUGCACCGAGUCUUUUGAAUUUCAUUUAUGUGUAUGAAGACGUGUGGAAAGAAGUUUUACAGUCAUCCGAGAUUGAGUUUUCUGAUUGCAAGAAUUUGAAAUUUCUGAAACUAGUUGGUUCUAGCUUGUAUGAUUCUGAAUUGAAUACGCUUCUUGAAGAUGCUCCUGUCCUUGAAAAAUUGUUUCUAUAUGAGUGCCACAAUCUAGAAGACGUUUCCUUUUCAAGUCAACAUCUAACCUGUUUGGAAUUUGAGCGUUGUAGGAGUUUGUUAACCGUUCAAAUUGAUACUCCCAACUUGAAAAUCUUUCACUACGCAGAUGAUGAACUUAUAACCUUUCGAGGAAAGUGUUCUUUCAAGUUGAAGAAGGCUCCCGUUUACCUAAAGGCUGACAUUAAGAACGAUAAGUGGUAUGCUAGACUCGUUAAGUUUCUCUCCAAGCUAGGCAAUAGUGAACAACUGUCAAUCUGUGUUGGUUUGGAAGAGGUAAUAUAAGGAAUGGUUCUUCCUUUCCUUAACUCAUUUUGUAUUUCUUUUUAGUCUUUUCAUCACAUUGCUUUUAUGUCAAUUGGAUUGGAAAACUAAUGAUUUGUAUUUG